GGCGUGAAAGAUUUCUAAAGGAAAUUGUGAUCCGAAAGGCUAAGCUAAGCUAAGCUGGAAAGGAAGAAAAAAAAAACCCACCUGUGAGUGUGGCAGAGAGUGUGUGCAUCUAUAUCUUCUCUCUUUCUCUCUCUACUGUGUACUGCUCCGUCCGUGCUGCUGGAACGUGCUGAACGGAGUUUGUUUCGAAUUCCAAUAUUGUUAUUAUUAUUGUUAUAAAAGAAAAGGAACAUUGGUUGAAGAGAAUCAGGGGAGGGAGGAAACCGAAGCAGAGGAAGGGAAGAAGAGGAAACACUGCGCAUCUUAGCAUGGAUUCCUCUCCGUCGUCUUCUCUCUCCUCGCUCGCUUCGACCCCACGGCAUCAUCCACUCUCCAAUUGAGAAAGGCACCGAUUCCCAUUCCCAUCCCCACUCUGCCUCACAUAAACCCAACCCUAACUUCCAUCUUCUCCCUUCUCACCACCCAAGGAGAUGUUGUGGCUCAUGAGAUUCUCGGGCUUUUUCUCCGCCGCAAUGCUCCUCAUUCUCCUCUCCCCCUCCCUCCAAUCCUUCCACCCCGCCGAAGCCAUCCGCUCCUCCCACCUCGACGCCGUCCUCCGCCUCCCGCUCCAGACGUCACCACUCUCAUUCCGCCGCGCCGCCCCAUUCCGCAAUGCCGACAAAUGCGCCUCUAAUCGUACCUCCAUUCCCGAGAAUACCAGCGUCUGCGAUCCCUCCCUAGUCCACGUUGCCAUCACUCUCGACGUCGAAUACCUCCGCGGCUCCAUCGCUGCCGUCCACUCCAUCCUCCAACACUCCCAGUGCCCGGAGAACAUCUUCUUCCACUUCCUCGUCUCCGAGACCAGUCUACAAUCCCUUGUCAAAUCGACCUUCCCGCAAUUGAACUUCAAGGUCUAUUACUUCGAUCCGGAGAUCGUGCGCAACCUGAUCUCAACCUCGGUGCGCCAAGCCCUGGAGCAACCUCUCAACUAUGCCAGAAAUUACCUCGCGGAUCUUCUCGAGAGCUGCGUGGGGAGGGUUAUAUAUCUAGAUUCGGAUCUAGUUGUGGUGGACGACAUUGCGAAACUGUGGAGCACCAGUUUAGGUUCUAGAACAAUCGGCGCGCCUGAGUACUGUCACGCGAACUUCACCAAGUACUUUACGGCGGGGUUUUGGUCGGACGCGCGGUUCGCGGGCGCGUUCAUGGGGAGGAGACCGUGCUACUUCAACACGGGUGUGAUGGUGAUAGAUCUGGUGCGGUGGCGGAAACACGGUUACAGUAGAAGGAUAGAGAGGUGGAUGGAGAUCCAGAAGAGCGACCGGAUCUACGAAUUGGGUUCUCUGCCGCCGUUUCUGCUGGUGUUCGCGGGACACGUGUGGCCCAUUGAGCACAGGUGGAAUCAGCAUGGAUUGGGUGGCGAUAACGUGAAGGGGAGUUGCCGGGACCUUCACGCUGGGCCUGUGAGUCUGUUGCAUUGGUCCGGAAGUGGCAAGCCCUGGCUCCGAUUGGACUCCAGACGGCCCUGUCCACUUGACGCACUUUGGGCUCCUUAUGAUUUGUACGGACACUCUCAGUGAUUAAGGCAGGGUAGUCGCCGUUACUUGUAGUUAAUAAAACAUAGCAAGAGGAGGUGGAGGAAAACACGUAUAUUGCUAUGUCGCUAGCUUUAGUUGGCCACGUUUACUGUGAGAGAAGCCAAAAUGAAGAGAAAGGCUAGUUUGAGAUAGGGGGAGGGGUAUCUUUGCCGGCAACAGUAGCCAAAUGAGAGAUGAAAACUAUCAAAUGAGUUGGCAACUAAGCUUAAAGCUGAGGGAAGCAGUGCUUCGGUGGCUACGGCGGAACACUUGGUACGGUUGGUCUCUCUCACUUUGUCCUUUUCGCCGCACGGAUGAUUUCCACUUGUUUCUGUUAUCCUCUCUUUUUAUGAUUAACUAUAUUUAAUUUUAUUCGAAAGAUAAAUGGUUGAAAGAGUUAGUAUUACGAGAGCAUACGUAAAAAGAUAUUAGUAGGUUGAACAAAUCAUGGUUCAUUGUAAGUGUCUGCAUAAUUAGAGGGUGAAGGAUCACACGCAGUCACUCACUCACUUGGGGUCUUCCUUUUAGUUCUGGGCUUCAUGUGGUAGUUACGUAUUUUUUUAAUUCUAUUCUUGUUUCUUCUAAUAUUAUUCGAGAACAGAAUAGAAGACGCCAUUUGAUCGGUUAGAAUGGAGUCUAUCAAUUGAUUGUUUUGUCACAAAUAUAUAUAAUUUGAAGUAGGUUGGGAAUAAUCCUAUCCAAUUUUUGCGUAUGUGAGCAACGUCUUUGGCUUUUAGCAUUGCUAGGCUAGCUGGGGCUAUAUUAAACUUGGAUUGGG